AUGCCACGCAGUGAGAAGUGUCUUCUGGUGCAGUACGCGGACGAUACGUCAAUUGUGGCGUCAGUGUCAUCACAAUCUGACGCAGAUCACCUCCAACUGUAUCUUGCUGAGGUUGAGGACUGGACCACAGCGCAACACCUUCGUCUCAGUACCUCCAAGAGUGGUGUGAUGCGUUUCACGAACAGUAAAAAACGCGACAAACCCUCUUACACUGCCGGAGGUGCUCCUCUUACUAUUUCGGACCACCUGACUAUAUUGGGUGUCACCUUCUCGCGGAACUUGGACUUUUCCGCACACAUUGCAACUGUUGUUGCAACUGCCCGGAGGACUUUGGGUUUUGUUUCUCGAGUGACAAGGCCGAGUGGACCGGCGGCACUGCGCACACUUUAUACUGCCCUGGUCCUACCCUCGUUAGAAUACUGCUGCGCAGUGUGGUCGCCUCCUCAACAACACCUCCUCGACCGCCUAGAAAGUGUACAGCGUCGUGCAUCACGCAUCAUCUGUGCUCGGAUCUCAGGCCAUGCUGAUAUAUCGUACCCCGCGAGGUUGAAGGUCCUUGGCUGGCGUCCUCUCGACCAGAGGCGAAGAAUUUCGCGGGUCCGAGUGCUGUGCCAUCUGCUCGACGGGUCACUUCCUGGCAACAGACUGUCCGCCCUCGUACGUGUCAGCAAAAGGACCGGGCAGCCUCAACCACUCCGUGGCAGGACUCUGCGACACAGUGAAUCAUUGUUGCCUGCGGCUAUCAGGGACUUUUUGUCCAUGCCAUUGGCUGCCCGUAGUCCUUUGCCCAGGGAGCCUGAGGAGUCCCAGGCUCUCUGUAGAGUCUUCGCAGGACAAAUGUCUUCGAGUCAGGGUUAGGCGCCGCUCGC